GGAAGAAGAUGCUUAAAACCAGCCAGACCCAUCGCAAGGAUAAAGAGAUUGAAACUAGAUUGUCCAACUUGUACAAAAACCGUGCUGCUAAAUUAAAUAAAAUGCUCGAAACAAAUAAGAAACUCAAAAAGGAUCAGGAACAGAAACUGUCCAUGAGAAUAGGAAUGGAGAAAACACAGAAGGAAGAACUAAUCGAGAGGUUAAUUCAGAAGAACAAAAGAGUAGAAAUGAUGAGACAAAAACAUAGCAUUGCAUUUCAGAAAUCCAAAUAAUUCUAAGUUGUUUCAAUAUGGUG